AAAAUCCUCGCCACCACAUAAACCCACUCACUCACUCAUAAACGCAAUACAAUUUUCGUGACCGAGAAAUGGUGCCGUGCGACAAAUCCAUUUAACAUUUAAAAUUUGCAAUUUGGGGCUAUAAAAAAAUACCUGGCCUUACUUCAUCUCACAAAAACUACUGAAUCUUGUAAAGAUAAGACAAGGAUUUUCUUGCAACCAGUGAGGUCAAGGUCAGGCGAACCGACCAUAAGUUAAUCAUGGGAAUGAACAUUUCUCGAUGUGAAGCGGAUCCGACGAUCCUUCCUCCUCCACCGCCACCGCCAGGACAAGGAGGAGGAUCGUUGAAUGAACCUCCUCAACAACAGGAGACGUACGUUAGUGAAAAAUUGAAGAAUAAUCCUGGAUCGUAUGAAGAGCUUCAUAAAAAAUGCAAAGAGUUAUUUCCUCUUCCAUUCGAAGGAGCCAAAGUUAUGAUCAACAAGUCAUUAAAUCAAGGGUUUCAUAUUUCUCAUUCAAUUACUAUGAGUUCAAUCACACCGUCUGGGUAUCGCUUUGGAAGUACAUAUAUCAGCGCUGGGAUGGUGUCUCCCCAAGAUCCUGCAUUUGUACUUAUUGCGGAUAUCGACCCAAGUGCCAACCUCAACGCUCAGGGAAUUGUGAAUUACAACGAGAAUCUUAGGUUCAAGUAUGCCAGUCAGAUUAUGAAUAGCAAAUUUGCAAGUACUCAGCUCACUGCCGAUUAUCGAGGCAGAGAGUGGACUGCAACUGGAACAAUAGUCAACCCAAACAUUUUCAAUAACACUGGGAUUGGAGUCGUUCAAUUCCUCCAAGCCAUAACUCCUAAAAUCACAGUAGGAGCUGAAAUAAUGUUACAAAAAUCGCCUCAAAUCCCAGGAGGAAGAACGACUAUGCUGUCUCUUUGUGGACGCUACACUGGGGAUGAAAGUGUCUGGAGCGGAUUUGCUGGAACUGGUGGACUGGGUUUGUGCUACUACAGGAGACUUAACGAAGAGAUUCAAAUUGGAUUCGAAAUCGAGAAUAGUAUUGUUCAACAGCAAACUAAUGUUGCAUUGGGGUAUCAGUUUGACCUUCCCAAGGCUAACUUCUCCAUGAAAGCUAUGGUUGACAACAAUUGGACAGUUACCGGUGUUUUGGAGAAGAGGUUGCUUCCUAUGCCGUUCAUGCUGUCACUUUGCGGAUCAUUAAAUCAUGUCAAGAGUCAAUUUCGUCUAGGUUGCGGUUUUACUGUAGGAGUUUAAGAAGCUAUACAUACAAUAAUCGAACAAGUCAGUCAUUUUAGUUGUCGACAAUGAAUAAUUUCGUACCCUUCUUCAAACCCUAUAUUGCAUUUAUUUGCUUACAAUAAUUAAUUAAACAUCACCAAUUACUCUUACGAUUUCUUCAAAUGUACUAUAUAACAAAGGCUGUUUGCAAGUAACUGAUGCAAUACAAGUCAUGUCAUGUCACUAAAAUUAAAAACUAAUAAUAUAUUUUCUUCGGAGUUCGGACUUUGUAUUUGUUUCAAUUACAGCCAGAAAUUAAUUUUUAUACUGUACUAGGCAGAACGUAGAACUAUUCUUCUUGUUUCAUACUCGGUGUGAUGAGGUAGUCCAAAAGUAAACCAUAGUUAAUUAUUAUAUCAUUGUAAUAUGGAGAUAAAAUAUUUAGUAGAUCAAGGGAGAAUUAAACGUUGAUUUGUUAAAAGUUCAAGUUUCUAUCAGAUAUUUAGUAGGUAGAUGAGUCUGAUCAUCAGAUUCUGAUUAUAUGUCUGUUUUGCAUUUGAAUAAAAAUGGUUAUCUAUCGAAA